AUGAUCAUAUCAUGGUUGGAAAACGGAUUAUAUGAAACCUUGAAGAUUCCAGUCAAACGUCAGAUGAAAUCAUUAGCGGAAACGGCACGCACAGCACAGACAUUCUUGAAGAUUGCAAAAGCCGAACAAGAAUUACAGCAUGAAAGUGUCUCCACAUUCGAAACAACGACAUACACUCCUUAUUUUACUGACACAGUGUCAGCCACAUUACCAAAACCAGGACUGGCUUCGUCGAGCACAACACAAUCUCUUCCAUCAUCCGAAGCAAAUGCAGCACAAGAAGAGCCCGAUGGUCGACGACGAUACGGAUACACAGGCGCACGACAACAUGCUUCCGUUCGAACACAAGAUACAUUAACACAACAACGUUCAUCAGCAUGGAAGAAGCAUGGGGCAUCCGACACACAAACCCGGAAUAAUUUCACGACUCAAGCAUCAUAUGGUAGUUACACACGAAGUACAUGUCGCAUAUGCGGCCGGGUCAACAACAGAAAACAACACGCUAUCAUCGACACGGGAUCAGCCGUUACCAUCAUUAGCCAACAGUUAUUGAAGAAAAUUUACCACAAGAACUUAAUCCUCACGAAAAAAUCCCAUCGGUCCGCAAACUGUACAUCGAUCAACAUCAUUGGUGAAAUCAAGCUCGAAGUUAGGAUUCAAGGACACAAGACCACCAUCUUUGCCGACGUCGCUACGAACUUAAUAACCGACCUGCUGCUCGGGAACGACUGGAUCACAAAUAACAAUGUCAUCAUCGAUUCACCGCAACGAUGCAUACACAUAACCGAUCACCAUCGUCGAAUCAAAGCCACCGCGUUCUUUCUCAAACCGCACGAUCUUCAAACACCAGUACUACUCACCGAAGAUAUCACACUUCCACCGUAUUCGGAAGUUUACAUCGAUAUAAACAUCCCGUCACCAAGGAACGUUGCAGAUGAAAUCAUCUUCGAACCCAAUCCACACUUCUAUUCAAAGCAGAUAUUCCCGAUCAACGCGUUACUCACACGACGGACCUUAUCACGAAAUACCAAAUUGGGAUACGCAUCCAGCAAAUCUGACACAAUCAAUCAUCUCGUCUUAACUAUACCCGCAAGUCACCAGGAACAUGCACAGGCGGCGACACUUUCGAAUGUAAAUGAGAGGAAUGCUCCAUUAUCGAAGCGGUCCUGCUAUCUACUGUCGAACAAGAAGAGGAAGGUCCCGAAUACGGACUUUGCCUGUCGAAACAGACAAUCGAACGUGCAUGAACAACAUCAAUGUUAUGUCUGUCAACAACAGUUCCUAUCACGGAACGGCCUACAACAACAUCUACGUGAUCAAUGCUAUCCACAAGACAUUCGCGAGAAGAUCGAAAAAUUAACGAUGCACAUUAAAAAUCAAAGUCAACAAGAAAAGCUCCAACGUAUUCUAUGGAAGUACGGGAAAUUAUACGACCUCCGACAACCUUCGAUUAUCAAAAGAUUGGCUAGACAUGCAAUCGAAACGGGUUCACAUCCACCUGUCUAUGCACCGCCAUAUCGCGUAUCAUACAAGGAUGAACAAAUUCAGAAAGAAGAAAUUGAUAAACUACUACAACAAGGAAUAAUUCANACGAUACACCGGCGAACGGAGCACACUUCGGUCGAAACAAAACCACUCACAAGAUCCAACAGCGAUAUUUUUGGCCAAACAUGCAUCUCGACAUACGAAAUCACAUUAAGGUUUUUGAAGCCGAUCAAACCACCUGAAGGAGUAUGGCAAUUGCUGACUAUGGAUUUUCACGGGCCCAUCACACCGUCUACACAACGAGGAAACAAAUACAUCAUCGCAUUGACAGAUGUAUUAUCCAAGUUCGUCAUCACCAAAGCAGUACGUGAUUGCACUGCAGCAACGGCCGCACGAUUUAUCACCGAAGAAGCAAUACUCAAAUAUGGCACUCCAAAAUGUGUUUUGACGGACAACGGAACACACUUCACAUCGGCAAUGAUGAAGGAAUUAUUCAAAAAGAUGGGUGUUACACAGCUAUAUUCCACACCAUAUCACCCAAUGACAAACGGUCAAAUUGAGCGAUAUAACGCUACCAUGGAUUCAAAGAUAGCAGCACUAUCAAACGUCAACAGGACCAAUUGGGAUGAACAAUUGCCGUUCGUUACGUUCAACUACAAUACCAGCAUCCAUACAACAACAGGACACAUACCCUUCGAGCUGAUGUAUGGCCGAACACCUGUGUUACCAUUUGAUCAACAUGAAUCCAUCGUCAGUAUCGCCGAAGAUCCCGACCACGGCAACAAACUCAAACGAUACUUAGCAUCAUUAACGAACGACGCCCGGGACAACAUUCAACAACAACAGCAGAAAUACAAACACCGGUAUGACCAGUACCGCAUGAAUCCGAAGUACACCAUCAACGAUCUGGUGUUAGUCAAAGUGUCCAACUUCCGAAAUAAAUUCGACAUUCGGUACGAAGGACCUUUUCGCGUCGUGCAACAGCUUGACGAAAAGACAUUUAUAGUCCAACACGUGAAAAAACACACGUUGACACGACAAGUUACAACCGACGUUCUCCGACCAUUGUGCGAACGCAAGAACAUAUCAUCUGGUUCGUCAACUGAUCAAUCGAUUUCGCUGGAUAUUAUCGAACAUCAUCGUCAACUCAUCGUCGAUUUCGCUGGAUAUUAUCGAACAUCAUCGUCAACUCAUCGUCAAUCGACUUCGCUGGAUAUUACCAAAUAUCAUCGUCAACUGGUCGAACAAUUAUACAAUGACAACAAGGAACUCGUGUGGAUCGUCAACCAGUCAUUCGCCUCGAUACAUCUCACCAUUACAAAGAUUAGAUCGGAGAACCCGAUCGUGGCAAUCCAAGCGAGCAGCCGAGGAUGA